AUGCUCAUCCAAGGGGAUCUUGCUAUAGGAUUGCUACUUUUGAAAACAGCAGCUUCAGAAAGAGCAGAAUAUACUUGUGACACAAUUUGCAACUCUCUUUGUAGUGUAUUGACAGAGAACUAUCAGCAUCUUCUGGCUUUGGCUUUUGCGGUAAUGGAGGUUAACGAAAAUCCACAGAUUUUACCCAAUAUUUCACUGGGAUUCAAUAUUUAUGAUAACACUUUGGAAGCUAGGUGGACCUCUCCUGCUGCGAUGCAAUUUAUUUCACCAAAGGACAGACUUCUCCCCAACUUUAUGUGUGGUAGCCAUGAAAAUUUAUUGACUGUUACUGAGGAUGUUACUUACUCUUACUUUCCCAUACCACAAAUAUUUGCUAUCUAUAAGAUUCCUCAGCUCAUAUAUGAUUCUGCUUCAAUCAUAUCGGAGGAUACUGAACUCCCUUCCUUCUACAAAAUGUUUCCAAAAAGACUUGAUCAGUUCAGGGGGAUUCUCAAAUUACUUGACCACUUCCAAUGGAGAUGGAUUGGAUUAUUUGCCACAGAUGGAAUGACUUUACAAUGGUUUAUACAGAAUAUGGUUCCAGAAUUUUCCAAUUACAGCAUUUGUUUUGCAUUCCUUGACUCAUUCACCAGUUUUGAAUAUGAUGUUGAGAAAGCAAAUUUUGAAAGAAGUUCAAGGUUUUUGUGUGAUAAGAUCAUGAACAGCAAAGUCAGCAUUUUGGUCUUCCAUGGAGAGGCUACAAAUAUGAUCAUUUUGAGAAAUCUUCUACGCUCAGGAAUCAAUCCCCAAAUGCCAAAUCCAAAAGGAAAAGUCUUCAUUCUGACAGUCGGGAUGGAGUUAAAAACUUACCUCUUCAAAGGUAUCUUUGAUAUGCAAGAUUUCUCUGGUGCUUUAUCAUUUGCACUUCAGUCUAAUGAACUUCAAGGAUUCCAACAUUUUACUAAGAACAGAAACCCUUCUAAUGCUGAAGGAGAUACUUUUAUUAAAGAUUUCUGGACAGAUCAAUUUCGCUGUGUAUCCCAGGAUACUGUUAUGGGAAGUAUGAGUUUAUUACAGGGUAAUUCCUCUGGGAGAGCUUAUUCUUCUCCCUGCACUGGAGAGGAGAAACUAGAGAGCCUUCCUGAGCACAUCUUCCCAAGAAGUGUAACAGGCCACAGCUACAGCUUUUACAAUAGUGUCUAUAUUGUGGCUCAUGCCUUACAUGCCAUGAUUUCAUCCAGAUCCAGAAGCAAAGCAGGGAUGAAGAGAGAAAGAAGGAGCCUUCAUAAUCAUCAGCCAUGGCAGCUCUACCAUUUUUUGAAAGCUGUGUCAUUUAACAACAGUGUUGAGGAGAAGGUUUCCUUUGACCAGAAUGGGGAGCUCAUUCAAAAGUAUGACAUUAUCAAUUUGGUCACAUAUCCAAACCAAUCUUUCAAGAGAGUGAAAGUUGGAAGGAUGGAUCCCCGAGCUCCUCCUGAAGAACUCUUGAGCAUCAAUGAGGAUGCCAUAGUGUGGCCCAGCAGGUUCAAUCAGACACAGCCUGUUGCUUUGUGUAAUCCAAAGUGCCCAACCGGUUAUCGGAAGAAAAGCAAGGAGGGGGAGUCUUUCUGCUGCUAUGAUUGCAUUGUAUGCCCCAAAGGGUGGAUAUCAGAUCAUGAAGAUAUGCCUGUCUGUUGCAAAUGUCCAGAUGAUCAAUAUGCAAACAAGGGCCAGAAUGCAUGUAUUCCCAAGAGUAUAACCUACUUAUCCUAUGAAGAACCUUUGGGUAUCAGUUUAACAAUUUCUGCUGUUUCAUCUUCCAUUAUCACAGUUUUGAUGCUAAGAAUAUUUUUGAAGCAUCAUGAGACUCCUAUAGUUAAAGCCAACAACAGGGACCUGACCUACACUCUCCUCAUCUCCCUUCUGCUCUGCUUCCUUUCUGCACUCCUAUUCAUAGGCAGACCUGAAAAGGUGACAUGUUUUCUGCGCCAAACUGCCUUUGGCCUUGUGUUCACAAUGGCUGUGUCUUCUGUGCUGGCCAAAACCAUCACUGUGGUUCUCGUUUUCAUGGCCACACAGCCUGGAUCCAGGUUGAAGAAGUGGGUAGGUAAAAGCCUGGCCAGCUCCAUUGUCCUUUCUUGCUCUAUUCUCCAAGGAGUCAUCUGCUUGGUGUGGCUUUCCACCUCUCCUCCAUUCCCAGAUAGUGACGCCCAGUCAAUGACUGAGGAGAUUGUACUGCAAUGUAACGAUUCAUCCCCAAUCAUGUUUUACUGUGUCCUGAGCUACAUGGGCUUGCUAGCCAUGGCCAGCUUCACUGUAGCUUUCUUUGCCCGGAACUUGCCUGACACUUUCAAUGAAGCCAAGUUCAUCACUUUCAGCAUGUUGGUGUUUUGCAGUGUUUGGUUGUCCUUUGUUCCAACCUACUUGAGCACCAAAGGGAAAUACGUGGUGGCUGUAGAGAUCUUCUCCAUCUUAGCCUCCAGUGCUGGGUUGCUGACUUGCAUCUUCUUCCCCAAAUGCUACAUUAUCUUGUUCAGGCCGGAGCUGAACAAAAGGGAGCAGUUAAUUAGGACAGGAAAACAUUGA